ACCACUGGAGCCUGCACUGCACGCACUACAGUCGCACCCAGACACUGUCGUCCCGUGCAGGUGGAGACACGGCUGUUGUUGUUGUCAUGUUUUAUUCUGGAAUCGCUAAAUAAGGGGGCGAGAUAGCUGCGGAGAGAAGUGCGUUGCGCUCGCAAGUACAGGCCAGCCUGUUUUUCUGCGCGAUCCUUACAUCAUCUCUUUAUUGGCGAGAGAGAGAGAGAGAGAGAGACAGACAGAGACCCAGAGAGGGAGAGAGAGGGGAGAGAGAGUCCGUGCAGCCAGGCUCCUCUUCGCCAGUCCUCAACUGAGAAGCGAGUCUGACGGAUCGGCUGGCUUUACCACCACUCCGCUGUUUUUGUUCCCUGAGUGUCUCCUCUGCCUCUCCCGUUCUGCUGCGUCCACACCGGCCGUGAAGAUGCAGCGGCACCGUCCUGCCCAGGGAUUGACGUUGUUUUUGCCGGUCGUUUUGUGGAUUUUCAGUCUUGUCAGCAGUGUGCACGGAGCUUUGCCAACAACCCAGAAGUGUGAUGAGGCUCUCGCCUCUCCUUUGCCUCACACUUCCUUCACCAGCUCAUCUGUCUUCUCCAAUGGAUAUGCACCUGGAUAUGCCAAGCUCAACAGGAGAGGAGGUGCUGGUGGAUGGUCGCCUUUGGACAGUGACCAUUACCAAUGGCUACAAGUGGACCUGGGUUCCAGAAAGCAGGUGAGCGCCAUAGCGACGCAAGGUCGCUACAGCAGCUCUGAUUGGACAACGCGGUACCGUCUCCUCUACAGCGACACAGGAAGGAACUGGAAACCGUACCACCAAGAUGGCAACAUCUGGGCCUUCUCUGGGAACUCCAACUCGGAGAGCGCAGUUCGCCAUGAGCUGCAGCAGGGAAUCGUGGCUCGCUUCCUGAGGCUCGUCCCGCUGGACUGGAGCGAGGAGGGACGGAUUGGACUGCGCAUUGAAGUCUAUGGCUGCUCUUAUUGGGCAGGCGUGAUCAACUUUGACGGCCAGGGUGUAAUCUCUUAUCGUUUUAAGGUGAAGAAGAUGAAGAUCAUUAAGGAUGUGAUUGCACUGAGGUUCAAGACGUCAGAGAGCGAGGGUGUGAUUCUCCACGGUGAAGGCCAGCAGGGAGACUACAUCACCCUGGAGCUUCGCAAGGCAAAGCUGCUGCUGCAGAUAAACCUGGGCAGUAAUCAGUAUGGCUCCAUCCUGGGUCAUACCUCUGUGACCACCGGCAGCCUGCUGGAUGACAAUCACUGGCACUCCGUGGUGAUCGAGCGCUAUCGUCGUAAUGUCAACUUCAGCUUGGACAGACACACUCAGCACUUCAGGACGAACGGAGAGUUUGACCACCUGGAUUUGGACUAUGAGCUGAGCUUUGGGGGGAUGCCAUACAGUGGGAAGCCACUGGGAGGAGGGAGGAAGAACUUUAAGGGCUGCAUGGAGAGCAUCAACUACAACGGAGACAACAUUACAGACCUGGCCCGCCGAAAGAAACUAGACACCUCAAGCUUUCGCAACCUGUCCUUCUCCUGUGUGGAGACCCACACCUUCCCGGUCUUUUUUAAUGCCACCAGCUUCCUGCAGCUGCCGGGCCGAGCCAAUCACAACACAAUAUCUGUGAGCUUCCAGUUUCGCACGUGGAACCCCGACGGGCUGCUUCUCUUCAGUAAUCUUGAUGAUGGCACACUGGAAAUCUCCCUCGAAGACAGCAAGGUUGUAGUUCAUAUCAAUGUAACGAAGGCGACCAGCAACAACCGGGUGGACCUAUCGAUAGGUUCGGGCCUUAACGACGGCCAGUGGCACGCCGUACGUUUGGUUGCCAAGGAGAACUUUGCCAUGUUGACGAUAGAUGGCGAGGAGGCGUCUGCUGUGCGCUCCACCUCCCCUCUCACCGUCAACACUGGAGGAACCUAUCACCUGGGAGGGUAUUUUCUCCAGACGCUGUUCCCACCCUCCCAGCGCUCCUUCCAGGGCUGCAUGCAGGCAAUCUUGGUGGACGACCAACCAGCUGAUUUGCAUGCGGUAGAAAAAGGCACAACGGGAGCUUUUGAGAACGUCAGCCUAGACAUGUGUGCAAUCAUAGACAGGUGCAUGCCUAAUCACUGUGAACAUGGCGGCCGGUGUAAACAGACGUGGGACAGUUUCAGCUGUACCUGCGAUGGAACAGGAUACACUGGAGCCACCUGCCACACUUCUAUCUACGAGCCAUCAUGUGAGGCCUAUAAGCACCUGGGCAAGUCAUCGGACACCUACUGGAUCGAUCCUGAUGGCAGCGGACCCCUUGGCCCCUUCAAAGUGAACUGCAACAUGACAGAGGACAAAGUGUGGACAACAGUUAUGAACAACCUGCCACCCAAAACCGUAGUGACUGGCUCCAGCAGAGAGAGACGCACCGUUUUGCAGGUUAACUACAGUGCCUCUAUGGACCAGGUGACAGCCAUCACCACCAGUGCAGAAUACUGUGAGCAGCAAAUCGCCUACAGCUGUCGCAUGUCCAGACUGCUCAACACUCCAGAUGGGACCCCCUACACUUGGUGGGUAGGCCGGGCCAGCGAGAAGCACUUCUACUGGGGGGGCUCGGGACCUGGCAUCCAGAAAUGUGCCUGUGGCAUCGACAGGAACUGCACUGACCCCAAGUAUGACUGCAACUGUGACGCAGACCACAAACAAUGGAGAGAAGAUUCUGGUCUCUUGGUAUAUAAAGAGCACCUGCCAGUCAGCCAGGUUGCUGUGGGCGACACCAAUAGACCCGGUUCUGAGGCCAAACUGACUGUUGGACCUCUACGUUGCCAAGGAGAUAACAACUACUGGAACGCUGCAUCAUUCACUACCCCAUCAUCCUACCUGCACUUUGCCACCUUCCAAGGAGAGACCAGCGCUGACAUCUCCUUCUAUUUCAAGACCAGUGCACCCUACGGCGUCUUUCUGGAAAACCUGGGCAACACUGACUUCAUUCGCUUGGAGCUCAAAUCCCCUCAAGUCGUCUCCUUCUCCUUUGACGUCGGAAACGGACCCGCGGAGUUAACGGUGCAUUCGGCCUCACCCCUCAAUGACGACCAGUGGCAUCGCGUGAUGGCUGAGCGAAAUGUCAAAGAGGCAGUCCUUCAGCUGGAUCAGACGUACCGGACGUCUCAGCUUGCUCCUGCACAGGGACACACACGGCUAGAGCUGUUCAGCCAGCUCUACGUGGGGAAACCAGCCUCGCUGACCUGCCAAGACAGUGCUGCAGGGGGGCAGAGGGGGUUCCUGGGCUGUAUCCGAGCUCUGCGGAUGAACGGCAUUACCCUCGACCUGGAGGAGAGGGCUAAGGUCACGCCUGGGGUCAAGCCCGGUUGCCAAGGCCACUGUACCAGUUUUGGGAUGUACUGCCGCAACGGAGGGAAGUGCGUGGAGAAGUACAACGGUUACUUGUGUGACUGCACCGCUACCGCCUACGACGGCCCGUUCUGCACCAGAGAUGUCGGGGGUUUCUUUGAGGCAGGAACGCUGGUCAAGUACAACUUCAUGCCCGAAGCAGUUGCAGGAGCCAGCAGGGACACAAAGAUCCUGACAAACCAGCUGACGCCACAUGAAGUAAAUCUAACAAAGGAGGAAGUGGCCUUUAGUUUUAGCACAUCCAAUGCUCCUGCUAUUCUGAUGUACGUCAGCUCCCAGACGCAGGACUACCUGGCGGUUGUUUUAAGGCAGAAUGGUUCACUGCAGGUGCGCUAUAACCUGGGAGGUCUGAAGGUGCCAUUUGCUAUAGACGUGGACCAGCGAAACCUGGCCAACGGACAGCCGCAUAGCAUUAACAUGUCCCGUAUCGAUAGAAGCAUCAUCAUCCAGUUGGAUCAUUACCCUCCAGUCAGCUACACCCUCCCAGACGCUUCAGACACACAGUUCAACCUGGUCAAAACGCUGUUCCUGGGCAAAGUCUUUGAAACUGGGCACGUCGACCCGGUCCUCAUCGAGCGUUACAACACCCCAGGCUUCGUCGGGUGUCUGUCGCGGGUUCAGUUCAACGGAGUGGCCCCCCUCAAGUCCGCACUGAGAACCGCUGCACAGGCCCAGGCCACACCCACAGCCGCACAGCCAGACAGACAGCCUGCAGCCACCUCGCCGGUUUCUUAUCAGGGCAAACUGGUGGAGUCCAACUGUGGGGCAUCACCUCUCACCAUCCCACCAAUGUCUGCCGCGACAGAUCCCUGGCAUCUGGACAACACAGAUGCAGAGUUCCCCUUCAAUGAAGAGAGAGUGAUUCCUGAUGGAGUCAACAGAGACUCAGCCAUCAUUGGAGGUAUCAUUGCAGUCGUGAUCUUCACCAUCUUAUGUACUCUGGUGUUCCUGAUCCGCUACAUGUUCCGUCACAAAGGCACCUACCACACCAACGAGGCCAAAGGCAGCGGGGAGUCCGCCGGGGAGUCGGCGGACACGGCCAUCAUUGGCACCGACAACCCAGAAACCAUCGACGAAUCAAAGAAGGAGUGGUUCAUCUAACAGCCAACGACGGGACUUGGACAGAGGAAGUGAUUCGUCAGACCACUGGUUGCCACAGAGAUGAAGGAGGUUUAAGUCAGUGACCCAUCACAGGAGAGAUGAAGGAAUUCAAUAGGACAACAAUCUCCCACAGAGGGCGGGGAUGCGGGAAAGACGUGUACAGAAAUCCUUUUUGUUUGUUUGUUUUGAGGUUUUUUUUAUAUAUCCAGAAUAUUAGAAAGAGAGGAGGGACAGAUAGCAGCAGAGCACAGCUGUAAGAGACUGUACAUGUAUAUACUAACCGGCUUGUCCUUCUUUGUAUUGUGCUUGGGAGUUUUCAGGAGUCCUUUGAAUACUGUAUAUGACAAAUAAUUAUACUUACUGGGUCGUGUGAUAGCACAGAUUUAUUGCCAGUCUCUGUUGCAUUUUGAUUUUAUUUUUUAACAAAAAUCUCAUAUCAAAAAUGGUCAAAUCAACAUGCCAAACCUGUUUUUGUUUUUUUUUUCUUAAUUUAUCAGGCUGCGGUUACACCAGUCUGUCAGUGACAUGCCGCCCACAGUACAUUGUGGUAAUGUAGAGUUGAAUAUGGAUGCCACAAGUCACUUUGUAAAUACAGUAUUUUGUGUUUUGGGUUUUGUUUUGUUUUUUUUGUCAGAAGAUUUAUUCAGAGUCCAGUACAUACAGUAAAUACUAAUGAGAAAUUUCAGAUCUAUAUUAAAAUAAUAUCGUGCAUCUGUCCAUUACAUUAUAUAUGUAUCAGAUAUAGAGUUUUAUGUUUAAAUCAUAUGACAUUCGAUUGUAUGGGAUGUUCCUUUCUGAGGAAGGGCAGAGAGGGGUUUCUCAGAGCAUGAUGGGAAAUCAUGACACUCCACAGUUGGUUUAGCUCAGCAGCUCUCUUUUCAUUUGGAAUUGGUGGAACUGGGAGCCUGUACUCAUUCAGACUUGUCAGUUUGUUUUCUUUGCCAAACACUUGAGUCUUACGUCAUUUACAGAUCAGCUCUGAUGAUUUGCGUUAAAUGUUUGACUUUGAGUUGAAGAAAUUUCUUAUCUUAUCUUAUCAUCUUAGACUGACGCUGUGGGUUUAAAGUGCGUGCAUGCACCUGUUCGACUAUGUGUGGGUCAGAUGGAUAUGAUACGUUACACUGGACAGAACGAGUGCCAGAAAAUUAAGGCAGUCAAACGAGCUCAAACAACUUGCCUGACACUUAAUAGGUUGUAUUGAUGCGCUGAAAGUCAUGCAUUACGUGGACAAAGCAGCCCUGAAAAAAACAACACUGAUUAAUAUUUGUUAUAUUUGUUCAAGACCUGGGAGAGGUUAAGAUGAUAAUUGGCUGACUAAUCUGUUGUGCCUUCAAGGUGUUGAGCCAUGUCGCCUUGCCCCAGACUACUUAACAUAAACUGACCACAGAAACUUGACUGCUGCUUGAAUUCUCAUCAGUUUCAAGUUCAAGUUUCAGAAGUUUUUGCAUCUGCUGAAUUGAGUGGUGCUGUGUUCAAUUACCCAGCUGAAUUCAUAAUGCUAGCGUUUUUUUAAAAAAUCCAGCAAAUUUCUCUCAAACCCUAAAAGAGUCUGACUUUUUGCAGCGUAGCUGUGUGGGUCCUGGUGCAGCCAGAGCAGCCACACUGAUAUACAGGAGAGCUGCAUGCAACACAGUACACACCUAAGCUCUGUGAUGCACAUGCACCCACAAACAUGCAUGUCUGAUAGAGCAUGAGUCAAGGUUGUUCGUGCAGCUAAUAAGAGCAACACGUUCAGGAUGAGGAGGCUGCUGCUUUGUCAACAUUGAAUUCACUCUAACAGUGCCACUAUUGUCCAACAUGCAUUCAGAAGCUGUGCAAUGUAUAUUUCUAACCGUGUUGUUUUUCCCCAUCACUGGCGGAUAUGUUUACCUUACCGUAGCAUUUACAGGACAGUGUGUUCCAGUUGAAACCAGCUGCCAACUUUGUUAUUUCGUUGUGAAUUUGCUUUUUCUGUGUGCGUCUGUCUGGAGAAACUGUUGCCAUGUCAUCCCGUCACAUGACUGGUUUUUGUACAUCAUCGUCGCCUCAUGGUUGAGUGCUGACGGUAGAUCACAGCAUCAGAAACAUUCGGACAGCUGGUGAACUCAGCCUGCCUUCUACUGCGGCCUCAAAGGAGACUUUCUCUGUCCACACCUCACAUCCAUGACGGCAAACGAGUGACUGUAUCCUUUUUUUUUAUAUAGUUAUAUUACUCAGACUAUUACACAUAAACACGCAUACACAUCCUUGAUAUGUGGUUUAAACUUGAUGACGAUGGUAAUGGAUUAUCAGCUCCGACGGGCAACAACAUAACCCACGUGUUUUUCUUUCGGUUCUAUUGAGUUCAAUAAAGAGUGUUUGAUCUUUCAUGUCAGGCUUUUUCUGUG